AUGGUGCCAAGCCCCGACGCCGCCCUCUCUUCUCGAACCCUGCCUGCCCUUCAACGACCAGACGUCGCCAACGCGCCCAUCGACCAACCCAAUGCCGUCAAGAUUGCGCAGCGCGCUCCCGAGGAGCCUGUUGCGUCCGCUGGACUCGGGCGUCGUCUCCUAGACCCUGCCUCCGGAUCGCAUAUUCGCUCGUUCACCACAUCGCCAGCAAUCAACCCUGGCAAGACUGUCCCGCCGCAGUUCAAGGAGCUGUAUGAUGCUUUGAGUGGGGUCAGGGAUGCGUCCAUUGAGCAGGUCAGCGUCAGCCGGCUGCAGCUUGCUCUGCGCGGGCUGGAAUCGGAAGCGCCUCUUGUUCGAGUUGCAGUUCUUGGGCUCGACAACGCGGAUUUCGCGCGUAAACUAGUGCGCUUGCUCUUGGCCGAUCCAUUAGGACCGCGCGAGAGCUGGGAGGAUCUACUAGAUGGAUACGACGAGAAUCCUACGCGAGGUGUGCUCAUCCGAUACGGCGAGGUUUCCGACUCCAUCCCCAAUGCCCUCCUCCCUACCAUCACAAUUCCAUCCCCGAUUCUCAAAAAGAGCAACAUGGAGAUCCUUGUUAGCUCUCUCGGGUCCGACUCGGCCUCGUCCGGCGGCACACUUUCCGCCGAUACUUUCCUUGUUCCUAAUGUCACGAUCCAAACAUCACAUUCCGGCCGGCAGAACGUUGUGCGGUAUCCUGUGCAUCGCAGCAUCGUGUGCGCAAAUGGGGUCGAUGGCUUGCUGGCGUUCAGUACGCUGAUGGGCCGGUCAAACCUCAAGAAUGAAGUGGAAUCUGUGCGCGGCGCAAUUGGACUGUCUUUGUCAGAACAAAACACCAACAGUGGUCGGCUCUCCUUUGUCAAUAUCCAGCAGGCCACGACCGCGCUAGACCGUAUCCGCGAAUCUGUUCAAAAUGCCAUGGAGUAUGAACGGGGAUGGAAUGGCAGUGGUAUGCAGACCGUGAUUGAUUGGCUCUCAUCUUCUGCUCAGGCUGCCCGAGAGGACGCGCUGAACCCGGCUCUGGUUCCGCUAAUUGAAUCCCUUCUCGACGCUGCCGAUCAAGGUGUCAUUGCCCAUGAUGCCCAGGUCGCAUAUGACCAGACUAUAGGAGUCGCUCCGGAGGAGGUACGCUCGGAGCUCGAGAGUGGAGUCACCACCUGGGCAGAGAGAGCCCACACGGAACUCCGCAGUUCGCUCGAGGCAGGCUUUGCCUCUCCGCGAUGGCGAGGCCUGGCGUGGUGGAAGCUGUUCUGGCGCGUUGAUGAUGUGAGCAUGAUCACCUCGGAGAUCCUGCAGAAGCAGUUCCUUCGCCGUGCAGAGCAAGAAGUCAUCUGGACUUCUGGCAAAUACGAGCAGGCUGGCCUGCUUUCUUCGUCUGCCGAGUCCAUGUCCACGUCCACGUCCACGUCCACGUCCACCUCGGACACUGCCCCUGCCAAGUCGACUCCACCUCCUUGGCCAACACAAAUCACCGAUAUCCGCACCAAACUGCUCACCACCACCGUCCCCUCCCUCCAAGCCCUCGCCCAGAGCCUGGUGCUCUUCAGCGUCUCCACCACCACUCUCACCUCCGCCCUCUCUGCCCUCACCUACGUUUCUAUCCCCGCCGCCUCGGUCUAUGAAUCCUGCACUCUGGCUGCGGUGGGUCUGAUCUACUCGCUUCGUCGCCAGCAGAAGAAAUGGGACGUGGCCCGUGGGUUCUGGGAGGACGAGGUUCGCGAGGAAGGACGGAACUCGCUACUUGAUACCGAGACUUCUAUGCGGAAGAUCGUUCGUGAGGGUGGAAAGCAGGCCGAAGAUCCGACUGACCACCGGGCCCGCGAAGCUAUUGUUCGUGCCCGCAAAGCCUUGGAGGAUGUAAAGGCAUGA